GUUUCAGUUUGUUUCGGAACGGACGCGCAAUGGACAAAGAACCGCCCACAGCUUUCGAAGAUGCUUUGGAAAGAACUGGUAAUGGCCUGUACAACAAUGUUCUGGUCCUCACGUGUGGGUUGAUUCUUCUUGCGAUCGGCGUGGAUCUGUUUGGAUUCGGAUUGGUGGUGGCAGCGGCCUGUGACCUCAACAUCACCGUCUCACAGAAGGGAAUCUUAACGUCACUGCCUUAUGUUGGUAUUCUGCUAGUAUCAUUUCCGUGGGGCUACAUCUCCGACACCCGGGGCCGUAAAUUUUCACUGAUCGUAUCCGUCCAGGCUGCGUUCGUGUUGUCAUGUCUCGCCAGCAUCUCUACCAACUGGCUAUUCCUCGCCCUGAUGAAGUUUUUCUCCGUUUGUUUCUCAUGCGCAGCUAACUCCGCUACUUACACUUUGGUGGGAGAAUCGUGCAUCAAGCGAGUAAGAAGCAAAUACAUGCUGUUAAUGACUUGUCUGCUUAUCUUAUCACCAGGGAUAGGAGCCAUUUUAACUUACCCAACUCUUUUACUGAACUUCAAGUCUGAAAUACCAUUACUUGGCAUUAAUUUUACACCAUGGCGUCUCCUCAUCAUCGUCCUGGCGAUACCUUCAGGGAUAGGUGGUAUUGCGAUCUGUUUCUUUCACGAAAGUCCUAAGUUUUUGAUAAACUCUGGUCGGAACGAUGAAGCAAUCGAAGUGUUAAAAUCCAUGCAUGCUAUAAACAAUCGGUGUUCCAAGGAAAGUUUACAAAUAACGUCUAUAUAUUUGGAAGAUGCAGUCGCCACGAAACAAACGUCGCUAUUUCGUGCCAUGUACGAGCUGAGUGCCCCACUUUUCCGACCGCCUAUGCUAUGGAGAACAUUACAACUCUUCUUUAUUGUGGCUGUUGUGUAUUUUACUAAUAAUAGUCUCUUAGUCUGGCUGCCUUACGUCAUGAACCUCGUUAGGAUGAACCUGAGUCAGACGAAUACCACCACCGGAGACAUCUGCACAUUGAUCUCUAUGAAACAAGAGUCGAUUACUGCGUCAACUAACACGACAAUAGGGACAAAUAAUGUGACGCCAGACAUUUGCCUCGGGUACAUCGAGAACAAUGUGAUCAUAACGCUAUUCACAGCUCAAUGCAUUUACGCGUUCCUUACCUUCGUGAUCUCGUACCUCAUGAAAUGGAGGCGGACUGUACUACUGUCAAUCUUAUGUAUAUCGACUGUAAGCGGCGCCUUACUCAGCUUGAUGCCUGAACCCAUUUCAAGUGUAUUUCUGUUAAUGGUGUUCACGUGUACCAACCUCGGUAUGGGGAUACUAGCGUCGUACUUUGUGGAUUUAUAUCCUACUUCAUGCAGGGGAAUGGUAGCGUGUCUCAGUAUUAUGGUCGGUCGGACCAGCACGUUCGUUGGUAUCAACGUCGUCGGCAACCUCAUCUUCUACCACUGCCACAUAACAUUUUACAUGUGGUCGCUGCUUGUUUUCAGUAGCGUUGUAGCAUCUUGGUUCCUGCCUCCAGACAAACCUUUGAAGCAUUGAACUUUUAAUAUAUAUAUAAUUAUUGCCAAUUAUAUUGAUCUGUGAUUUAGUGUAUCUAAGAAUUUAGCUGUGUUACUUGCCUAGUUGAUAAUUGUAUUACAUGAUUAAUAUUACGUUAAAUAACAAAGAAUAAAUGUUUAUGUAUAGAGCCGAUAUGGUCCAAGAUUCCGAGAUAGCCCCGUGGUUAGAACGCGUGCAUCUUAAUUGAUGAUUGCGGAUUGAAACCCAGGCAAGCAACACUGAAUUUUUAUGUGUUUAAUUUUAGUUUAUAAUUCAUUUCGUGUUCGGCCACGAAGGACAACAUCGCGAGGAAAUUUUCAUGACUGCAUAUGUGUAAUUUCAAUUAAAGUUUGUUGGAAUUACCUCCAAACCUUCUCGUCAAAGGGAAAGGGGCUUUUAGUCCAGUAGUUUAACAUUUACAGGCAAUUAUACUUAGCACACAGAUAUCGAGCGGGAUGUCGAUUUUGUAUGAAAUUAAAAUUUGUGAAUAUUCAAAGUUCGAAAUAUACAACGUUGAAGUAGCAAUU